UAAACGGGGAGGGCCAGGAAGUACACUUUAAUAAUAAGGCAUGCACAUGAACAAUUAGUGUACUGCGAUGGUUCUGUCCCUUGCACAUGAUGCUAAUCUUUCCGCUAAAGCAAGUGUAGGCUGCUUUGUGGACGGGAUUUACAUUACCCAGUGUUCAGAGGAAGGUUGUCAGUGGUGCAUGGCAAGAUGCAUGUUACAUGUGUACUGUAGGUAAAACAUAUAGUUUACUUCACAGAGAAAUCUCUCCCAAUCCUGCAUGCUGUGAUGAUUAUGAUCCUUUUAGCAAUAAUGAUGAUUUUACAAAGACGUAGAGACCAUAUACAUAGACCCUAUGCAGUGACAUAACUAGGUAUUUAUCAAGGGGGGGGGGAGGCACUGAUGAAUAUGGGGGUUACUAUGCAAGUGGAGCUUCUGAUGCCACAUGGAAGGUUACUGGGGCAUAUUCUGAAAUCAGAUCAGAGGUGGGUAUGUGGGCAUGGCCAGUGGAGGGGUGCAUGCUAGGGCUCUCAGAACGGGUUUUAGAAAUUACCUUAGAUUGUGAGGAAAAUUACCUUAAAUAUAAAGAUUCUGGUUAAGAUUCUACCUCAGAUUUCAUUCUGCAUUACUCCAGAAUUACUUCAAAUAUAUUAACUACUAUUUUUCAAACACCAGUAGCAAGUUCAAUAAUGGCACAGAUUCAUUUUAUAGUCUAAAAGGUAGGAUAUAAAAAUCGACAUACAAUCUAAAUUGCAUCUUUUACUAGAACAAGGUCUUCCUUUGAGCCUAGCUGUACAUCAAGCGACAUCCACAACACCCCAACUACUUCAUUCAUGAUACCAAAAAACAAGCAACAUGCCCAUCAUGCACAUAAUUACCAGUUUGAUUGCACCAAAGCCAUAUAGAUACCUGUAGUUUCUAAAAAAAUUAUGCAUAGCACUUUGAACUUAAUACUAAGAUAUGCUGUUAAGCCAUAAAAUUUGUAUUCCAAAAAAAAAAAAAAAAAAAAAACUUCACGGUGGCAAAAAUAAGAUAGAAAAUAAUCUUUAAAAAUAUUAAUCAUCCUGAUAUAAUCAUGGCAAUUAAUCAAUAUGCAUUACUUGACAUUAAAAUAAACUUUCAUGUUAAUCAUAAAAAAAAGUAAGCACAUCCAGGAACAUACAAAGCACCAACAUACACCCCAUGUACAGUACUGAGAUCAUAAGUAAGCAUGUCUUUCACAAAACGAAACAUUGAAGGCAUAUUAUCUUCAAUAACUUACAUGCUAAUCAUAGAAAAUUAAACACAAUCCAUGCACAAUACUGCACAACAUUGAGAUCAUAAUAGGUACAGGAGCUGCCUUGUAUAGGCCAACCGGCCUCUUGCAGACUCCUUACGUUCUUAUGUUCAUGUCUUCCUCAAAAUGAAGCAUUGAAAGCAUAUUAUCUUCAAUAACUUACGUGCAAAUCAUAGAAAGUUAAACACACCCCAUGCACAAAACUGCACAAAAUUGAGAUCAUAAGUAAGCAUGUCUUCCUCAGAACGAAACAUUGAAAGGAUAUGAUAUUCAAUAACUUACAUGCUAAUCAUAGAAAAAAAAAAAAUGAAGCACAUCCAGGAAUAUGCAAAGCACCAAAAUACACCCCAUGCACAAUACUGAGAUCAUAAAUAAGCAUGUGUUUCCCAAAAUAAAUCAUUAAAAGCAUAUCAUCGUGAACUACAUGCAAUCUAAUUGGUUCAAGCAGUGCACUGGAAAGUUUUUAAACAUACCAUAGCAUAUUAGGUGACAAGAAGCAACGUAAAACAAAAAAGGUAUUCAACUCUGUGUAUUAGAUUUUAUACAGUGCAGCUAGUUUCUGCUGGCACUCCUUCUGUCACAUCGCUGCAGCUAUGACCACUUGGUUAAGUGCAUCUUUCAAAUGAUAUCUAAGGUUAACUCAUGGGCACUAAUUCCAGCCUGGCUAAGUCCAUUUUUCACAUUUAGCAAGCUCACUAAACUGCACGGCUUGAGGGAAUUUCUUAAAUCAGUUUUGAUGAGACGCACCUGACUGAAAAUUCUCUCCACAGCAGCAUUGGAAUGUGGCAGAGUUAAGAUAGAUCCAAUGACUUUCAUGAGAUUUGGGUACUUGGGCUGGUCAUUCAAUUUCUUUCUACUUAGAUGUUCUUUCCAAAACUCCACAAAGUCUUGCUCAGUACUACACUCCCCCACUCCGCCCUGUUCGUCCACACUUAAUCUAAAUCUGCUUGUUCACGGUCGCACAUUUCCUUCAUGAAUAGGAAAGAUUGAAAUAUUUCUCUCAGGGUACUGGGUCUCAGGUUCAAUGCAUUCUUGGGAAGAAGAAAUGAGAGAACUUUAAGAGAUUGUGUCUGAAACUUUGAGCGAAUUUGAUUUAUUAGCUCAAUGAGAAAGGCCUUGCAAUUCAGUUUGUACUUGUUCACGCUUUCUGUAUCCUUGCAUACAGGAGAAUUUAAUAAUGUCUCUGUAGCAUGAAUUUCAACAUACACUUCCAUAAGUGGGACAUGGAAAUUAGUAUUUUGGAUAUCAAGAGAAAAUGGGUCAGUUAUGCAAGAUAUCUCUGUUAACAAAAUCUCCCAUGAGCUCUUGCAGCAAUUUUCUGACUUCAUCAUGAAGGUAUUGCAACUUGGGACUUGCACUCUGGAAAAGUGCGUUGAAUUCAUUAAUCGGUGCAACUGGACUGGUACAAACUGCAAUUGAGCCUUAAUAAAAUUAUUAUUUAGGCUCCUGAGAACACUGUCUGUCACAUAGGAAGGAUCCCGGCACUCACUAAUUACUGAUGUAAAGUAGAGUAUCUAUUAGAGCAUGCCACUGUUCUUAAAUGAGUCUAAAGCACGCUUCUAAAGACAGCCAUCGUGUAUGCCCAACUGCCAACAUCUUAUGGGAAGACAAGUUCAAAAACAUUUGAAAUUCCUUCAGUUCAUGUUGCCUAAGGUUUGAGUGACUAAAGUGAGAAAAUAUAUUCCGACACAAGUCUUCUAAUGUAGUUGACAUUUUCAAGCAUGCAUGAGACAUACACAGAUGUAUCAUGUGACCGCUACAUUUAAUGAAGGAAAUGUGAGGAAAUUCAGCUUUCAUGAGAGAAGCUACACUCUGUCUCCUCAAACAUCACAUUACAUGUAUCUGGUGCAAACCCAACAAUAUUCUUAAGUGGGAUAUCUUUGUCCUCAAAGCAUUUUUUGAUAGCUGCAUACAAAGAUUGGGCAUCAGACUUUUUUAUUACAACCAUAUCAAAAAAUUAUGUUACAAGUUCUCCAAUUACGUCAGAAUUACCUUAAGAAUACUUUAAUUAUCUCAGAAUUACCUUAAAAAUAGCAUUACUUCAAAAUUACCUUAAAAGUGGUGAGAUUACGCUAAUCUGAGGUAAUUACUUUAAAAAUGAGAGCCCUGGUGCGUGCCCCCCUGGCCAUUAGUGUCCAGUCCACACCCUGUAACCCCAAGUUCAAGUAAAUUGUAGCCCAUGUUGACAUGUGGCAAUCUACCAUACAUACAUGUAUUACAUAGUCCCCUAAAACACCCCAGAAGAAGACCCAGCUGAUCUGGUCAGUGUAGUGUAUCCUCUCUGUCUCUUCCCCAAUGUGUGUGAUGGUGAAGAUAACUAAUAAUGAAAUGUAGACGGAUUUCUUAUUUUUAUGUAAAGAAGAAAUCCAUCGUACAUCACGUUAAUAAUAUAUGACGGAUUUGGACGUUAAAUUCUUCCUUAUUCUUGAGGAGCGUCAGGGCUGGGUGUCAGCUGUCACAGGUUUAUUUUGUAACCAAAACCAUCCAGUAACAAUGUGUGUUGCCUUCAACUCUGUAUUUAAUAUAUUACUAUCAUGUGUAGCUUCAUAGUUGUUAUGGUUGUUAGGGUGAUGCAACACAAGGUUAAAUUAUGAGGUUUAUUCACAUUAUGUUGGUAUAUAAUGUUAGCGAGCUUACUGAAGUUAAGCAACAAUAUUAUUUACAAUUCAUUAUUCUGUUGGUAAUGGUAGCGAGCGGACUGAAGUUAAUUAACUAUUAUUUACAAUUCAUCAUUUAGUUGGUCAUGGUAGCGAGCUUACUGAAGUUAAGUAUCAAUCCUAAUUAAUAAUUAUCACUCAUCACUCCUAUUCACCUUAAAGGGCUCACUCAUCUCUUCAGACUAUUACAACUACAUGCAGGAUGUGGUACACUGGCCAUAGCCUAAACACUUAACCAUUGUUAAAUAACAGCUACCCUAAUCAGGGUUCAAUGAUACAUGAUUAUUACUGAAAAUAUUUCCUACCACCGAUAUGUGUUCACAGGGAUGAUCAUGGAAGCACGGUAGUCAUGGGGGUUCAGGACACCAAGGAGGUGGUCAUGAGUCCCCACAAGCAUUGGAUUAAACAAAUGACACUAACAAGAAAAAUUAUACUUUUCUAUUACUGAGUUAAUCAUGGGAUGAGACAUUCGUGCUCCUAGAAUACCAGAGGGUGGGCAUGGAAGCCCAACAAGGGGGAACUUUACAUACUAACACAACAAGGGGGUAACCGCCCAGUCAGUAGGGAACCUGUCGGGAGGAGGCGAGGCUUGACUGACUUAACCGUUAUAGGUAUAAUAAUAACGUUGUAACACACUAAAUAAUCACUGUCCGUUGGAAUUAACUUCACGUACCAGUCGGGAGGAGAGGCGAGGCUUGACUGAAUAUGCAGCUUUCAGCGCCUUCCCUAACUCGACUCCUAAUACCCCCCUUUGGCGUGGCUGCUGGCUAAGGGGCUAACUAGCACCGAACGGUGGUUGUAGUUACAGAUACUUGGCCUGUUCCGCUAACUCAGGAGUUCAGAGACAGCUGUUCCUCUCUCCCAUGUGACUUAGGUGAAAAAUUCCUCCUCGUUGUUCCCCGUAAAAGAAAACCUACUUUAACCAUCCUCGGCACCUUCACUCUGAGUCAGACCCACGCGAUGCUGACCCGGCCGUCACUGGUUUGUCUGUCUGUCUGAAUGUCUGCCCUGACGCACCAUCACCUAAUUCACAAGCAACACAUCGGUUAUUACAGCCACAAACAGACCCUCUGCAUAAUUGGGGUGGUGAUCUAUAAGGAUUCAACGUAGCAACAAGCCAGGGGUGAAAGCACCAAACACUUCAGAACAAGCUGGAAUGAUGAAAGACAGCCUACACCUUUCCUGCACAACUGAAGAGGCAGCAUUUAGUUUUAACAGCAUCCACAUCUCUCAGUUCCUUCUACAAGACCCACCAAAUCAAAAUGUCACUACAGCCCUCCCUUGGUGGUAUAGGAGACGAGGAUCGCAGGGUGUUCAGACUCAUGAAGAUAGUGGCUAGUGAAGGUCGUCAUGCCCUUCACUUUGUAUUCAAGAAGGGAUGCAAGAAAGAACCCACAGAGACAAUAGAGCACUACUUAAAAAAAAAAAAAAAAAUGAGCAAAGGGCAUUACAAACAUUUGUUUAACCGUACGAUGCGAGAGAGAAUCAAUGAUGAUCCUUCUGGAGAGUCUUAUGAUGUUAAACUCAUUUUUGCUUGCAUCAAGUGGGGUUGUGAUUGGUCUGCAGAAGCAAAUGUUAAAUGGUUAGAAGGGCAAGAAAACUUGAAAUCCCUCUGCACAAAACUUAAAAAUAUCAGGGAUCGAUUGUUUCAUGGGGAGAAAAUACCUAAUGAUGAUGUUAUGAAUGAAAAGUGCAAAGACAUUACAGAAGUAAUAGAGAAAAUAGUUAAAAAAGCAGGGAGUAAGUAUAGUGUGUCUGAUGAUGAAAUUAAAAGUUUACUCAAGAAAAUAAAUAACCAGGUGUGUCAGAUUAUGACCGCACGCCUAGGAGAAAAAGAAUUUAACGAACUGUCAAAAUUCAGAGAAGAACAGAAAAAAUCCAUUCUUGAAAUUGGGAGAGAGGAGUUGCCAGAGCAAUAUAAAAAUACAUCAAAGAUUGAUCCAGCAUCCUUUGUGACAGGGAAGGAACGGCUGGAUGUUAAGAAUGUGUUUACUAAGCUUGAAGUCAUAUGUGAGAACAUGGAUGAAACUCAUGAAGUGGGAUACAAGGAGCUGCUUGAGGUGAAGACUGAACUUGAGGAGAAGCCAACAGUCAUAAUAGUGGAAGGUGAUGCAGGAGCUGGCAAAACUACUUUAACAAAACUGAUCCUGUCAGACUGGGCUGAAGGAUCCACCAUUUUUACGGGUCUUGAACGCUAUGACUUGGUUUUCCGAGCUGAAGGAAAAAAAAGGAUCUCCUCUUACUUAGGGCUAAUUCAGGGCCUCCUGCCAACAGCUUCAUAUGAAUAUGAUGAUGCUGACCUAGUUAGGUCUGUACUUCAACUGAAGGUCUUGCUUGUCAUGGAUGGCUUUGAUGAACUAAAUACAGAGUCUGAGAAGCUUAUCAAAGAACUAUUAGACCAACAAAUACCAAGUAGCAAAGGUCGCUUACAACUCCUGAUCACCACAAGGCCCAGCAAGCUCUCUGACCUUUGCAAUGUUCUUGGUGCACACACUAAGAAGAUUCAGACAAAGCUAAGAGGAAUAUCUUUAGAAAAAAGAGUGGAAUUUGUAACAAAAUUACACGAUGAAAUGAUCAAAGAGGAACAAAGUGAUCAGGACACCCAGAAGCUGGUUGACCUCUUGAAACAGUCCCAGGCCCGCCUUGGUGAGCACUAUCGACUGCCUCUCAACCUCACACUUCUGACCUACCUCUGGGCCUCUGACCCCACCAAAGUGAAUCCUGAAACAACCUCAACUGGUCUCUACAUUGCUUUCCUGGAGCUGAUUGAGUCUCGCUUGCAGACACGACUCCAGGAUCCAUUAAGGUGUGUGCCCCUGCCCGAAGGUAGAAGUCAAGAAGUAGUAAGGGAGUUUCAGAAAGAUUUGUACAGAGUUUGCAUGGACAUGCUUCUUUCAGACUCAAUGCAGCUCUCUACUGAAUCAAAAGAUGUACUGGAAAUGAAGUGUGAAGACUUAGAUGUCCCUUUCAAUGAAAUGAUUGAAGCUUUUCUUGUAGUUGAAAAGGAGUGGACAAGCAGUGGCUACAAGACUGAGCUGACUGUGCCUCACAAAAGCAUUUUAGAAUUUUAUGCUGCAAAUCAAUUCAUUACAUAUAUUAAUAAUAAACUAAAGAAUGAUGAACAAGAAAAGAAGAUUAAAUCUUUGUUGAUGAAUCAUGGCAUUACAAAGGCUGAAAUAGAUGAUAUCCUUCAGAGAUCUGAAAGUGAAGAUGUAAAGUCGCUGAAAAAGAUUUGCAAUGAUCUUCUAAAAACAGACCAAAACCUGGCCAAGUAUGAUAACAUGCUCUUACACCUGACAGGUCUGUUGACUCAUCAGUGCCCUGACAUGUUACAUAGGUAUGCUGAGGAUCUUGUUGAUAUACUAAAGGAAGCUGAGUUCAAGGGAACCAAGUGGCUUGACAUUCUUGUGGAAGCCAAAUGUGAUGACACGCUGGCCACCCUCCUCGCUCCACUAAAUGACCUCCAACUCAUAGUCCGCGAUGGCCAUAUGGGAGCUGCCCUUGCACUGUUCAAAUACCUGGACACCAACAUCCCUGUGCAGGUUAUUCUGGAGAAUGAAGUGACCUACAUUCCACGCCUGGAUGAUAUGUUGUGCCAGCUCUCGCAGAGGGACUGUGCAGUGCAAAUUUUCUUCAAACACCAAUGGAAGAAUAAGGAAUGUGGCUCUUCUGAUGAAUACCUAGGCAAGCUGCGGCCUGGGGGGUGCAGCAGUUAUGGGUGCAGUGUGACUAAAUUCACAGGCCAUCUGGGCACACUUUCCUGCCUGCCAGAGACCACAACAGAGCUGAAGAUUGCCUUUGCCAACACUGAACAUGCCAAGCAACUUCUGGUGGAACUGAAUGACUUGGUGAACAAAAGAAGUGAUAUUACAUAUAUAGGAAUCCACGUGAUGUCAGAGGUCAGGCCUGAUGGCCUGACGCCUCUGCCUGUUCUAAAACCCCUUCAGGGAAGAGAGACUGGCAGUCUUUGGCUCUCUGGGGUAGAUAAAGACUGGCAGAUGAAGUGUGGAGUGAUUCGUGCACUCCUUCCUGAUGAGGGGAUGUUCAACUCCAUUAUGUUCCCUCAAUGCAACUUUACUGCCAAGCGUUGCACUGACAUCCUUAAGUGCCUGAAGGAGCUAGGAGUAAAGGUGAACAAGAAAGGAGGCAUUCGCUUCUUCUCCACUUUCGAGAAAAAUGAACUAUUGGAGCUUAAGGAGUUUGCCAGGCAAAGUCUUGGCUGUGCCCUGUACUGCUCUGAUGAGUCCAGUGUGUGGUAGCCUGACCGGUGAGACAGGAAGCCUUCAUGUUGCGACACAUUGCGGAGGUUCUGCAGUUCUUGUGAGGAGUCCAGGCAUGAGGAGACAGGACCUCAACGCCAAGAGGAGAAACUGCUUCCACUGUAAAAUAAGAAUGUCAACACUAUUAUAUCGAUAGGAUCUAAAUUCAAGCAGGAAAAUAUGUCGGGUACCUUUUUAAUGCAAGGCAAUUGAAAAGUUACUCGUGUCAUUGAAAACUGGUGCAUAAAAAAGUAGGAAAAUCUGAUUUUAAAAGAGCAAAGAGAAAGCACUGGUCUGCAGUAACUGUAAUGUUGCCAUAGUAAUGAACAUUUCAGUGUGUAAUGUGCUCAGCUGCAGAACCUGCCAAAAGCCAUCAGAGCCAUUACUGAGUUUGGUAUAUCACUAUAAUCACCUAUCUAUGUGAAGAGAUAAAGAAGGAUCAGUUGUGCAAAUACUGAUAUGGCUGAAACUCCAACUUGUAAUGGUGAGGGUCUAGCAGUGCGAGUCACAAAGUUAAACAAGCACUACGUAUAUCCAACAUAUAGACCACCAUUCUCAAGGCCACGUGACAACCUCCAGCUAAUCACAUGCCAGAGUAGUGUCUGCACACCCACAGCUAAUCAUUGCUCCCCUACAGUUUCCUCCCUCAUCACAGCCCCUUCAACGCCAGCCUGGCAUGGAUUAUCUUAAAUUACCAUGCUACCUUUCACUGCCUUUACCUUUUAUGAUUAUCACUGCUUAGUGGUGGAUAGUGUCAAUGUCACCCAAAGCCCUUCCAUGAAAAAGGAGUAGAGUCUUACAAACACUGAGUAAAUAUGUCUAGAAAUUAACUGAAUAAUGCAGAGGAAUACACCAGCAGUGGCACAGGCCACCUCAUGCAUGCCAAAAAAAAAAUUGAGAAUUCUUGAUCUGAUGGAUACUCUGAUGUAGUAUUGAUCCUAUUUAUAAAGCACUUCACAAGAACUUUUGGAAGAUUGGUAACUGACAGAUUCAUCGCACAUAGGGGAGAGCGGUGAUGAUUCAGACCGUGGGAUGGUCUGGACAUUACAUUUAUUGUGCAGCAUAUGCAACUGAGCCGUGAGAUUUUGUGUGAAUGUGCAAAACUUUGUUGCCUUGACCCACACAGGACAACCACGCCCUCAGAGCUGUUCUUUUUUAUGCAAGUCCGGUUUUAUGUUUUUUUUGCAUCUCGUAUGCAAUAUUUUCAGGGUGUAUCGUAAGCUCUCUCUUCAGGAAUGUGGCAAGUAGUGAAAUAUACAUUACUAAGGUGAAGCAGCGAUGCAUGGCAAAGGUACUGCCGUAUAACACGAUCACUCAGCUCUCAUGCUAGAAGUGGAGUGUGGACACACAUUUAUUUUUUGUAGAAUUGUGAUGAUUCAGACAGUUGAUUUUAUCACAAUUUUUAUUAAUUAUAUAUCAAUUUAAACACUACAGGUGUUUCAGCAGUUGUAGAAAGGUUAAUCUGGCUGAUUUAUGAUAUUAUGCUUGUGAGAAGAGAAGGAAGUCAUAAUUACAAAAUUCUAAAAUUCUUUGAGAUAUUUCUUAUAGGUCUCCUUUUAAUUUUUUUUCCCUAUAAAUAUUGAGAGGAUACUUUUGUGCUUAUACAAAUGUCUUGUAAUUGAUAUACAGUACCCUCUCCAGUUUCGCGGUUAGUCCUAAAUUCUUACCAUCCCGACUUUCGCGCAUUAUCACCCCGAGUUUCGCGCUGCUUUGACACGUACGGGUCAUGUCUACUUACCAUUGGCGUCAAGCACGCUACCUUUAAAGGUAGUAUCACACUGGACGUUUUCCUUCAAACAUUGUGGCAAUGGCAAAAGAGAGAGAGAGAGAGAGAGAGAGAGAGAGAGAGAGAGAGAGAGAGAGAGAGAGAGAGAGAGAGAGAGAGAGAGAGAGAGAGAGAGAGAGAGAGAGAGAGAGACUUAUUAACACGUUUGAACUUCCCGCUGCUUCCUCCCUGACGCAUUUGAUUCAACUUGGCGCGGCCUGAAUACCACGCAAGCCCCCGACUCCAGAGGAUGUGUGUAGCUUCACUCUGGUUAUGAGCCCCUCUUGUGAAAGGUGAGAUAGAGAGGAUGAAGACAAGGAUUAAGGAGAAGGGUGUGAGGAGGGAGGGUCAGAAAGGAGUCAGGUCAGGUCAUGUCCAUACCUGUAACACACACAGAAGGUGAAAUGAGAAGGAUGUGGGGAGGAUGGGGCAGAAAGGAGAGUCAAAUCAGGGCUUUGGUCAAAGUAUGACCUGACUCAGGUCAGGUCAUAUCCUGACUUGUCACACACACACACACACACGGGGAAUGAGAAUGGUGUGGGGAUCGAGGGAGGGACAGAAAGGAGAGUCAGAUCAGGGCUUUGGUUAGGAUAUGACCUGACUCAGGUCAAGACAUGACCUGUCUCUCCCUUCUGCCCCUCCCUCUCCCCCACCCUUCUCAUUUCCCUUUCUGUGUGUGUGUGUGUGUGUGUGUGUGUGUGUGUGUGUGUAUUUACCUAGUUUACCUAGUUGUAAUUUUACAGGGCCUGGGCUUACGCUCGUGUGGUCCCGUCUCCGUAUCUAUAAUUAUCCAACUUUUCCUUGAAGCUCUGCACACUCUUCGCCAAUACUAUUUCUUCACUUAGUCUGUUCCAAACCUCCAUAUUUCUUUGUGGGAAGCUAUAUUUCUUUAUGUCUCUUGAGCAUCUUCCCUUCCUCAACUUUUUACUAUGUCCUCUAGUAUUCCUGCUGGAAGGUUCUUCUCUCAGUAGCAAUUUCUCGUUAUCCACUUCUUCCAUUUUACUCGAUAGCCUAUAUAUAUGUAUUAGGUCUCCUCUUUCUCUUCUUUGUUCUAGUGUUGGUAAGUCCAUUUCCUUUAGUCUCUCUUCAUAUGUCAGUCCCUCCAGUUCUGGAACCAUUUUUGUUGCCAUCCUCUGUAUUCUUUCUAGUUUUACUGUGUUUCUUCAUAUGUGGAGACCACACUGCUUCCUCGUAUUCUAGUUUAGGUCUGAUCAUAGUAGUAAUUCAUUUUUUCAUCAUUUCUUUGUCCAUGUAGUGGAAUGCUAUGCCUAUAUUUCUCACCAUGUUAUAUGUAUCACCGAAGAUCCGAUUUAUAUGACUUCAUGGUUGCAUAUAAUCUUGCAUUAUUACUCCCAGGUCUCUCUCUUCAUUUACUUUCUUUAAUAUUUCACCAUCUCCCAUUUUAUAUGUCCAUUUUGGUCUUUCUACACUUUUUCCCAUUUCCAUAACAUGACAUUUCUUCGCGUUGAAUUUCACCUCCCAUUUCUGACUCCAUUUCCAAAUCUUGUUUAGGUCUUCUUGCAGCUCCUUGCAGUCUUCACUGUUUCUUAUCUGUCUUUGCAGUUUGGCAUCAUCUGCGAACAGGCUCAUGUAGCUGUUUAUUCCCUCUGGCAUAUCAUUAAUAUAGACUAGGAAGAGUACUGGUGCUAAAACCGACCCCUGGGGCACUCCACUUUCCACCGUUCUCCAUUCCAAUCUAGUGUCCUUAACCACGGUUCUCAUCUCUCUUCCUCUUAAGUAGCUUUCCAUCCAGCACUUCAUUUUCCCUUUCAAUCCUCCUUUAUUUUCUAGUUUCCUGUGUGUGUGUGUGUGUCAUGAUAGAAUGUAGGAAAAAAUGGCACCAGAAAAAAUGGCGCAGGAAAAAAUGUCACAGGAAAGUGUGACACAUUUUUCAGCAUAGGAAAAAAUGGCACAGAAAUAUUUGCUUGUUAUGCCAUGAUUUUCAGUAAUUACAGGUUUCAAAUAUUUCGCCAUCCUCCUCUUCUCCUUUCCAUCAUCUUCUUCUCAUUUUAUCUUUUUCUUCUUUUACUUUCCAUAGAUAGAUAGAUAGAAAGAUAAAGACAGACAGACUAGCAAACACUUUCGGAAUCUAAAUGUGUUUCUCUCUCUCUCUCUCUCUCUCUCUCUUUCUCCACUCUAAGAUAGGCUACUGCAGACUUGAAAAUAAUGUAUUCAUAUGGUCAGUUGUUGUCUAAUUAUUUACUUACAUAUUGUCAGUUGUUCUCUCUCUCUCGUACUUAACUUAGGUAGGUCCUUGGUUAGUUAUUACAUGAAUCAAAUGAUUUACGAUCAUUAUCCUGUUAGGUUGGUUGGUCACAGUCACCCAACGAUAUGGCGUGUGAUCCAGUGGAUCCAAGCUGACCAAGCUGUUGUAGCUACUCAGAUGCUGCAAGAAUCUCGUGGUGAGCCUCCCAAGAAACGCCAGAAAAGGGUCUACAAGAAUCUACAGGCACGGAUGAAGAACCUCUGCCUAGACCGCCGGGCUGGUCGUAAAUCUGUUGAGAAGUUUCUACGGGGAGCUGGCUACAACAUUCGCUGGAAAUCUUAAGCAGUAUAACAAAAAUCUUAAAUAAAAGUUUUUAAAUGUAAAAUUUUUAAAUAGAAAUGUUUUGAAAUGUAAAAUUAUUAAAUGGAAAAUGUAAAGAAAUUAAAUUGUAACACAUU